AUGGCGAUCAAUCCUGACGAUUUCCCGCCGGGAACCUACCACGAGCUGUCGCUGUUCCCCCUGAACAAUGUGGUGCUGUUCCCCGGCAUGCCCCUGCCGCUCCACAUUUUCGAGGAGCGGUACAAGGCCAUGAUCGGCGACUGUGUCGACCGGGAUGAACCGUUCGGGGUGCUGCUGAUCAGGGAAGGCAACGAGGUUGGAGAACCCGCCGAGCCGCAUUCGGUGGGGACAACGGCCCGCGUUUCGCAGGUUCAACGCCUGCAAGAAGGCCGUCUGAACAUCCUGACCCGCGGCGAGACCCGCUUCGAGCUGCUGCAAACGGUGCGGACCGUGCCCCACCUGGUUGGGCUGGUUCGCUACAUGGAAGAGGACGAGGGGGACGUUUCUGCCACGGCGUUGGCCGGUGUGCGCGAACAGUUCAUCCAGUUGCAGCGUCAACUCACCGCCAUGGCCGGCGGUUGGGACCGGGAGAUCACGGUUCCCGAUGAGCCCAUCGCCCUGGCUCGCAUUGCCUCAUCCACGUUGGCCGUGAGCCUGCCCCUGCCGCCCGAUGUUCGACAGUCGCUGUUGGAAACGCCCACCGCGGGCGGACAACUGGAGAAGUUGCAGACCCUGAUGCGGCAGGCGAAUCGCAUCGUCGCGGAACAGGUGGAGCAGAACACGCCGUUCAAGGGGCCGCGCCUGAAUUAG